CCACCUACCUCCACGCCGCUCCAGAAGGGGCUCGGAGAGCUGAGGACGCGCGCGGCGUUGCUCCAGGUCUCUCUCUCAGCACCUCCACCGGCCGGCAUCUCACGCGGGUGCCAGGGGCUCCGGGCACCUUUCAGUGUCCCUACCCGCGGCCUGUGGAGACUCCGCAACCCAGCCACUGCCUCCGCGGCCAUCGCCCGAGGGGACCUGCGGACAGGAAGCGGACAGGAGAAGGGUGCGCAGCGCCCGCCGCGCAGAGCGUCUCCCCAGCUGCGCAGGAGACCUGGGCCUCCCGGCCCCUGACCCCCCCAGCUGCCUUGCUAGGUGUAUGGGACUGAAGUUCUUGGAGAAGGGAGUCCAAGUCUUCAAGGUGAACUAUGACCACUUUACUCUUCGUUUUUGUGACUCUGAGGGUCAUCACUGCAGCCAUCUCAAUAGAAGUUUCAGACCAUGACAACUCACUGAGUGUGAGCAUCCCCCAGCCAUCCCCACUGAAGGUCCCCAUGGGGACCUCCCUCACCAUCCCCUGCUAUUUCAUCGACCCCAUGCACCCUGUGACCACUGCACCCUCCACUGCCCCCCUCGCCCCAAGAAUCAAGUGGAGCCGCAUUUCCAAGGAGAAGGAGGUGGUUCUGCUGGUGGCCACCGAAGGGCGUGUGCGGGUCAACAACGCCUACCAAGACAAGGUCUCCUUGCCCAACUACCCGGCCAUCCCCAGUGACGCCACCUUGGAAAUCCAGAACCUGCGCUCCAACGACUCUGGGAUCUAUCGCUGUGAGGUGAUACAUGGCAUUGAGGACAGUGAGGCCACCCUGGAAGUCAUGGUGAAAGGUAUUGUGUUCCAUUACAGAGCCAUAUCCACACGCUACACCCUCGACUUCGACAGGGCACAGCGGGCUUGCCUGCAGAACAGUGCCAUCAUUGCCACACCCGAGCAGCUGCAGGCUGCCUAUGAGGACGGCUUCCAUCAGUGCGAUGCCGGCUGGCUGGCUGACCAGACUGUCAGGUACCCCAUCCACAUUCCCCGGGAAGGCUGCUACGGAGACAAGGAUGAAUUUCCUGGUGUGAGGACCUACGGCGUCCGAGACACCAACGAGACCUAUGACGUGUACUGCUUCGCUGAGGAGAUGGAGGGUGAGGUCUUUUAUUCAACGUCUCCGGAGAAGUUCACCUUCCAGGAAGCAGCCAAUGAGUGCCGGCGGCUGGGCGCCCGGCUGGCCACCACAGGCCAGCUCUACCUGGCCUGGCAGAGCGGCAUGGACGUGUGCAGCGCCGGCUGGCUGGCUGACCGCAGCGUGCGCUAUCCCAUCUCCAAGGCCCGGCCCAACUGCGGGGGCAACCUCCUGGGUGUGAGGACCGUCUACCUGCACGCCAACCAGACAGGCUACCCUGACCCCUCAUCCCGAUAUGACGCCAUCUGCUACACAGGUGAAGACUUUGUGGACAUCCCAGAAAACUUCUUUGGGGUGGGGGGCGAGGAGGAUAUCACCAUCCAGACGGUGACCUGGCCCGAUGUGGAGCUACCGCUGCCCCAAAACAUCACCGAGGGUGAAGCCCGAGGCAACGUGAUCCUCACAGUGAAACCCAUGUUCGACGUCUCCCCCACCGUCCUGGAGCCUGAAGAGCCUUUCACAUUUGCUCCUGACAUAGGGGCCACCCCCUUUCCUGAGACCGAGACCAGGACUGGAGAGCCCACCAGGCCCUGGAGCUUUCCUGAGGAAUCCACACCUGGCCUGGAUUUUGUCACAGCCUACACCAGUGAGGACCUGGUUGUGCAGGUGACCGCUGUUCCAGGUGCCGUGGAGGUCCCUGGGCAACCACGCUUGCCAGGUGGGGUCGUGUUCCAUUAUCGCCCGGGACCCAACCGCUACUCGCUGACCUUCGAGGAGGCACAAGAGGCCUGCCUGCACACCGGGGCAGUCAUUGCCUCGCCAGGGCAGCUCCAGGCGGCCUAUGAAGCAGGCUACGAGCAGUGUGACGCUGGAUGGCUGCAAGACCAGAGUGUCCGAUACCCCAUUGUGAGCCCACGGACCCCGUGUGUGGGUGACAAGGAUAGCAGCCCUGGGGUCAGGACCUAUGGCGUCCGUCCAUCAUCAGAGACCUAUGACGUCUACUGCUACGUGGACAAACUUGAGGGAGAGGUGUUCUUCGCCACACGCCCAGAGCAGUUCACCUUCCAGGAAGCACUGGAGUUCUGUGUCUCCCACAAUGCCACGCUGGCCUCCACCGGCCAGCUCUAUGCUGCCUGGAGCCUCGGCCUGGACAAGUGCUACGCCGGCUGGCUGGCCGAUGGCAGCCUCCGUUACCCCAUUGUCACCCCACGGCCCUCCUGUGGCGGGGACAAGCCAGGUGUGAGAACUGUCUACCUCUACCCCAACCAGACGGGCCUCCCAGAUCCGCUGUCCCGGCACCACGCCUUCUGCUUCCGAGGUGUCUUAGCAGUGCCCUCACCAGGAGAAGAGGAGGGAGGUACAGUCACAUCACCCACUGAUGUGGAGGACCGGAUUGCUACCCAGCUGGUGCCUGGAGUGGAUGCCGUCCCCUUGGGGGAGAAGACGACUGCUGUUCCCUACUUCACCGCUGAGCCAGAAAACCAAACAAAAUGGGAACCAGCCUACACCCCGGUGGGCACAUCCCUGCUGCCAGGGUUCCCUCCCACGUGGCCUCCUACUGGUCCAUCAGCCUCAGAGGAACCGUCCCCACCGUCCCCCUCAGAGGAGCCAUCACCCUCACAGGAGCCAUCCCCCUCAGAGGAGCCAUACACACCUUCACCCCCGGUGCCUAGUGGAACUGACAUGCCUGGCUCUGGAGAGGUAUCUGGAGCUCCUGACAUCAGUGGUGACUUCACAGGCAGUGGAGAAGUCUCAGGACACUUUGACUUCAGUGGGCAGCCUUCAGGGGUCACUGCAAGUGGCCUGCCCUCAGGAGACCUUGAUGCCAGUGGUCUCACCUCCACAGUGGGCUCAGGCCUACCUGUGGAAAGUGGAUUGGCCUCAGGGGAUGAAGAGAGAAUUGAGUGGUCUAGCACUCCUGAGGUCAGCGCGCUUCCUUCUGGAGAAGGUCUAGAGACUUCUGCCUCUGGGGUAGGGGACCUCAGCAGGCUUCCUUCUGGAGGAGAAGUUCUAGAGACUUCUACUUCUGGAGUUGGGGACCUCAGCGGACUUCCUUCUGGAGAAGUUCUAGAGACUUCUGCCUCUGGAGUAGGGGAUCUCAGUGGGCUUCCUUCUGGAGAAAUUCCAGAAACUUCUGCUUCUGGAGUAGGAGACCUCAGCGGACUUCCUUCUGGAGAAGUUCUAGAAACUUCUGCCUCUGGAGUAGGGGACCUCAGUGGACUUCCUUCUGGAGAAGUUCUAGAAACUUCUGCCUCUGGAGUAGAGGGCCUUGAUAUGCUUCCUUCUGGGGAAGUUCUAGAAACUUCUGCCUCUGGAGUAGGGGACGUCAGUGGACUUCCUUCUGGAGUUCUAGAAAUUUCUGCCUCUGGAGUAGGGGACCUCGGUGGGCUUCCUUCUGGUGAAGUUCUAGAGACUUCUGCCUCUGGAGUAGAUGUCAGCAGCCUUCCAUCUGGAAGGGAAGACCUAGAGACCUCAGCUUCUGGAGCUGAGGACCUCAGUGGGUUGUCCUCAGGAAAAGAUUUGGAGGGUUCUGUUUCUGGAGCUUUGGACUUAGGCGAACUGCCUUCUGGAACUCUAGGAAGUGGACAAACUCCAGAAAUAAGUGGCCUUCCCUCUGGAUUUAGUGGUGAGUAUUCUGGAAUGGAUGUUGGAAGUGGUCCAUCCUCUGGCCUGCCUGACUUUAGUGGACUUCCAUCUGGAUUCCCAACUGUCUCCCUAGUGGAUACUACAUUGGUGGAAGUGGUGACAGCCAGCACUGCAGCUGAACUAGAAGGGAGGGGAACCAUUGACGUCAGUGGUGCUGGAGAAAUAUCUGGCCUGCCCUUCAGUGAGUUGGACGUUAGCGGAGGACCUAGUGGACUCCCUUCAGAAGCUGAACUCAGUGGCCAAACCUCUGGGACUCCUGAUAUCAGUGGGGAGACAUCUGGACUCUCUGUUGUCAGUGGGCAGCCAUCAGGGUUUCCUGAUAUCAGUGGGGGAACAUCUGGAAUUUUUGAGGUCAGUGGGCUUCCAUCAGGGUUUCCUGACACCAGUGGGGAAACAUCUGCAGUUCCUGAGCUUAGCGGACUAUCCUCUGGACAUCCAGGUGUCAGUGGAGAAGUAUUUGGAGUUCUUUAUGGCAGUGGUCAACCAUUUGGCAUAACAGACUUGAGUGGAGAAACAUCUGGGAUCCCUGAUCUCAGUAGGCAACCAUCAGGGUUGCCAGGGUUGUUCAGUGGGGCAACUUCUGGAAUCCCUGACCUGGUUUCUAGUACCACAAGUGGCAGUGGCGAAUCUUCUGGCAUUACAUUUGUGGACACCAGCUUGGUCGAAGUGACCCCUACUACAUUUAAAGAAGAAGAAGGCUUAGGGUCUGUGGAACACAGUGGCUUCCCUUCUGGAGAGCCAGAUCUGUCCAGCACAUCUGGGAUAGUGGACAUCAGUGGACAAUCUUCUGGAACAAUUGAUUUCAGUGGGUUUACAUCCCGGGCUCCAGAAUUCAGUGGCCUACCAAGUGGAAGAGGUGAAGUCAGUGGAGAAGCCUCUGGAGCUGAGAUUGGGAGCAGCCUGCCCUCAGGAGCAUAUGAUAGCAGUGGGCUUCCAUCUGGUUUCCCCACCAUCUAUCUUGUAGACAGAACUUUGGUGGAAUCUGUAACCCAGGCUCCAACAGCCCAAGAAGCAGGAGAAGGGCCCUCACGCAUUUUGGAACUUAGUGGUGCCCAUUCUGGAGCACCAGACAUGUCUGGAGACCAUUCUGGACUUUUGGACCUAAGUGGGCUGCAGUCCGGGCUGCUAGAGCCCAGUGGAGAACCAUCAAGUACUCCAUAUUUUAGUGGGGACUUUGCCAGCACCACUGAUGUCAGUGGAGAAUCCUCUGUCACGGGCACCAGUGGAGAGGCCUCAGGACUUUCAGAAGUUACUUUAAUCACGUCUGAGUUUGUGGAGGGUGUUACUGAACCAACUCUUUCUCAGGAACUUGGCCAAAGACCCCCUGUGACAUACACACCCCAACUUUUCGAGUCCAGUGGAGAAGCCUCUGCAUCUGGGGACAUUAGUGGAGUUGGACCAAUGCUCCCUGGGUCUGGGGUAGAGGCAUCAUCAGUCCCAGAAUCCAGCAGUGAGACAUCUGCCUAUCCUGAGGCUGUGUUGGGGGUAUCUGCUGCCCCUGAGGUCAGCACAGAAGCUUCUGGGUCCCCAGAUCUGAGUGGAACCACCUCUGCAUUCCAUGAAGCUGAUCUCGAGAGAGCCUCAGGCCUGGAGGAGAGUGGUAGCACCUUGACUUUUCAGGAAGCCCCCCAUGAGGGGUCAGCUGUCACAGAAGUGAGUGGAGAAUCGACCACCACCUAUGACACAGGCACAGAGGUAUCGGGCUUGUCUUCAACUGCUCCGACAUCUGAAGACAGGACUGAAAUGAGCGGAGACCUGUCUGGUCACACCUCAGGGCUGGAUGUUGUUGUCAGCACCAGCGUCCCAGAGUUUGAGUGGACUCAGCAGAGCCAGCGCCCUGCAGAGGUGCAUUUAGAAAUUGAGUCCUCCAGCCUGCUGUACUCAGGAGAAGACACCCAAACAGUGGAAACAGCCACCUUCCCAACAGAUGCUUCCAUCCCAACUUCUCCAGAAGGGACAGGUGAAUCAGAGCCCACUGUUGCAGACAUUGAUGAGUGCCUCUCAAGCCCUUGUCUGAAUGGAGCCACCUGUGUGGAUGCCAUCGACUCUUUCACAUGCUUAUGCCUUCCCAGCUACGGAGGGGACCUGUGUGAGAUUGACCAGGAGGUAUGUGAGGAGGGCUGGACCAAGUUCCAGGGCUACUGUUACCGCCACUUCCCCGACCGUGAGACUUGGGUGGACGCCGAGAGCCAGUGUCGAAAGCAUCAGUCACACCUGAGCAGUAUCGUCACCCCUGAGGAGCAAGAAUUUGUCAAUAACAAUGCUCAAGAUUACCAGUGGAUCGGCCUGAAUGACAGGACCAUCGAAGGGGACUUCCGCUGGUCCGAUGGACACUCCUUGCAAUUCGAGAACUGGCGUCCCAACCAACCAGACAACUUCUUUGCCACCGGAGAGGACUGCGUGGUGAUGAUCUGGCACGAGAAGGGCGAGUGGAAUGAUGUCCCCUGCAAUUACCACCUGCCUUUCACAUGUAAAAAGGGCACAGUGGCCUGUGGAGAGCCCCCCGUGGUGGAGCACGCCAGGACCUUUGGGCAGAAGAAGGACCGGUAUGAGAUCAAUUCACUGGUGCGGUACCAGUGCACUGAGGGGUUUGUCCAGCGCCAUGUGCCCACCAUCCGGUGCCAGCCCAGUGGACACUGGGAGGAGCCUCGGAUCACCUGCACGGACCCCACCACCUACAAGCGCAGACUACAGAAGCGAAACUCACGGGCCCCACGGAGGAGCCGGCCGGGCACAGCCCACUGAGAGGAGUUUCUAGGACGCACCCAGGACGCUGAGCCCAGGAGCCUGCCAGGCCAACAGUGCAUCCCACUCAGAUGGUGUCCUCUUCUUGUCACUUUUUGUCAUAUAAGGAAUCCCAUUAAAGAAGCAAAAAUAAAUCCCACAUUUUGUAUGCACCCACUCACCCCCCCCAUCACCAAAACUGCAUCUAAUUUGUCCCCCAAUUGCCAAAGCAAAACAAAUUUCCUGUAACCUGAGGACUGAGUUUAGAGACAUUUCUUCAAUCUCCCAUUGUGCCUUUCCAGAGACCAGUGCAGGGACAGGGGAGAAGGGGAGGGUUAAGUUAAAUAAAGAAGAUUAUUUUUUGUUUCCUGACUUUA